UUGAUUCCCGUGGCAGCAGCUGGCUCUCCCGCAGAGCUUCCUCCGCGGGCGGUGCGUGGCCGAGCCGAGCCGCCUGCCUGCGCGCCGCCGGGGGACCGGCAGCGGGAGCGCGGCGGGGGCACCAUGCCUGCCGCCUUCUCCAAGAAGCGCCUGGGACUGCGGCUGCUGCUCUGCCUCAGCUUCUCCCUUUCGGGCGGGAGCCCCGCAGAUCCAACUGUGACAACACAAGAUGUCAGUAAAUCACAGGCAAACCUUUUGACUAAGAUGCAAGCUGGACUUGAGUCAUCUCCUGAGCACAUGACAACUACACAAACUGUCAACCAGCAAACUCAGGGGAACCUUUCAGAUCAUUUGACACUUGGGCAUAAUAUCUCUACAUCUGGUCCAGAUCUUGCAACAAAGGAGUUCAAGCAGGCAAGUGGAGGGAAUGUGUCUGAUGUCACUUUUGUGGAGUAUGAGGUACUCCUGCCUGGUGUUUCUGGUACUUCUGUGGAAAAAAAUAUCACUUUGGACCGUGGAACUAGAAUUGAACUUUCAUGCAGAUUGGACAAUAAAUAUUCUCAUUUGAAAAGUCUUCAGGUGACUUGGAAGAGGGGAAAUGAAACAGUCAAACACAUCAAUAAAACUGAAACUAGCUGGAGUAUCCAAUUGAGGAUCUUGGAUAACAGCAAGCUGGGAAGUUACAGCUGUACUCUGAAAGGUGAAGAAGAAAUCAGUGCUGUAUUUAAUUUACAAGUACCAAAAAUUGAAGGAAAAGAAAAACCCAUAGUCAGUUAUGAAGGAGAUACAGCUGUAAUGAUUUGUAAAAGUUUUGGCUAUACUCCCAUAGCUUGGACCUGGUAUAUGACCAAUGGAAGUGAACAGAUUGCCAUUAAUGACACUUUGCUGGCAAACAAGUAUGUAAUUAAUAGAAUAUCUGCCAAUGUAACCCAUUUGAAGAUACUGAAGCUCACCAAUGAAGACAAUGGUGUAUAUUGGUGUGAAGCAGCUUUUGAUUUAGGGAAAAGUAAAGGAAAGCUGAAGCUUAAAGUCCUGUCCCUCAUGGUGCCUCUCAAACCCUCUCUAGCAAUUGUGGCUGAAGUUGUUAUUUUAGUAACUAUUAUUUUCCUUUAUGAGAUGUAUUCAAAAAAGAAAGAGAAGGGUUCAGAAGCCGAAAAAGAAUUUGACCAAAUUGAGCAACUUAAAUCAGAAGAAAGCAAUGGUCUGGAAAACAGCAGUGCUAGGCACAGGAAAAUUUAAUCUGAUUCC